AUGAAAAACCGAUAUUUGUCAAACAAAAAAAUAUACGACCUGAUUAGUAGUGAAACAUAUGAAGGGCAUGAAAAUAAUAUUAAGGAAGCAUUUGAAUUUAGAUAUACAAAUUUGUUAAACUAUUUAAAUAAAGAUAAUAAUUAUUAUAAUAUAAUAUCUAUAAAGCUUCAACAUUUUAUUAAUGAGAAUUUAAAUUUUGGAAAUUUAAAAUCAUAUUUUUUUGGAUUUUCUAAAGAGUUAUUAGUACAUAGUUUAAAAGUAUAUUAUUAUAAUGAGCUAGCAGAUAAUGACAAUUUAGUUUUAGAGUUGAAUAAAACAAAAUGUGAUGAUCAACGGAGUAAAAGUUCGAUCGAUUCAGGGAUUAUGGACAAUGAUUGUUAUGCUAAAACAGAUAAGGAGUUAUUUAAAAUAUUAGAAGACAAUAUUAAACUUAUAGAUAUGGAAAAAUUACAUUUAAUUUACUUUGAUGAAUACUUUUAUAUAUUUAAAAAUAUAUUACAUGUAUUAAAAAGUUGUUACGUUUUUUAUGCUUACACAAAAUAUAAAACAGAUGAUUUAGAAUAUGAGCAGAAUUUAAUUUAUGACUUGUUUAAUAUAAUUGAAAAAAAAAUAAAAAUUCAAAAUUUUAUACAAAUAUAUUUUGAUACUUAUAGUGAUACAAAUAAUUAUUUCGAACUAAUGAAAACAACAUAUACUGAAAAUUAUCCAUGGUUAUAUAAAUAUAUAUUAUUAUUUUUAAAUAUUCAAAUAUAUUGUAUAAAUAUAUUUUUUUUUCUACAACUAAGAUUAAAUAUGUUGACAAAAAAUAAUUUUAAAUCUCUUUUAAAUAUUUUUAUAUCAACCCCAAGUACUAACAUACCUAAUGAAAUAAUUUGCAAUGAUAUAAUUACUUACACAUUAAAACAAAAAGAAUAUUCAAUAUUUUUUUUAUUAGUUUCAGUAAAUAAUAUAAUAAAAUUAGAUGACAUAAAUAAAUAUAUUAAAUCUUCAUUAUCAAAUAAUUUAUUUAAAUUCUUUUUAAUAUAUCAGAAAAAUAAAAAUUCGUCAAAUAGUUAUGAGCAGAAUAUACGCACACUUUCUACUUCCCUACCACACUUUCAUGAUAUACUUACAAAUUUUAUAUUUAUUAAUGACAACUUUGUAUAUAAGAAAAUAUUGGGAGACUUACUAGAUGGUGCUCUUGUUGUUGACGAUAGUGUAAGUAUCGAAGAUGAAGGAAUGAUGGAAGAAGAUGAUAUACAUAGUAAUGGACAAGCAAAUGGUCGAUCUAGUAACUCUAAAAGGGAUGAAGAUAGUCUAAAUAGAAAUGAUUAUUCAUUAGAUAGAGAUAUAAAUAAAUAUUUAGUAAAAAAUAUGAAAAAAUAUAUUAAAAAAAAAGAAUUUUUUAAAAAUAAUAUUGAUAUAAGUUUAUUUUUAAAAAUAUGUAUAUCUUUAUUUACUGGAGAAGAUUUUAUUUUAUUUGUUAAUGAUAUAAAGAAAAGUUAUAAAAAUAUAAAAACAUGUUUAGAUUAUAUAAAAGACGAUAAUAUUCAUCAUGAUGUAUUUUCAUUGAAGUAUUUUUUUAAUUCAUAUAAUUAUAAAAAUACAGAACUAGUUAUAAAUAAUAUAGAAAGAAAAAAACAUGUGUCACCAUAUAUAUCAGUUGAAAGUAAAAAUAUAUUACUAGAAGUAUCAACUCUUUUUUUUGCUUAUGAUUAUUUAAAAACUUAUGGAGAAACAAAUAGAAAUAUGUCAAAUAUAAUAAACCAAUUGAAUGAUGAAGAAGAUGAAAAUGAAAAAGGAAUGUUUCAUCCAAUUAUAUUAUAUAAUGUAAAUAAAUUAUUAUUAGAAUUUUUUGCAAAUAAAAUAUGUAACUUUCCUAUACACACUUUGAUAAUGUUUAAUCAUAAUUUGUUGUCUAUAUAUCGAAUUUUAAAUGUAUUAAUAGGGACUAGUGCUGACUUGAUAAACUUUGAAGAGAUUGAAAAUAAUUUAGAAUCACUAUCCAAGUUAAGUAACAACACAGAUAAUAUAGUCACAAUCUUAGAAGAUACUUUAUAUUUUAAAAUUACAAAUAUUUUAAAAACAAAAAAUUUAGAUAUAAAAAAUAUAUAUAUUACAUAUAUAGAAUAUUAUUACAUUUUAAUAGAUUUUUAUUGUAAAUAUUUAUAUAAUAAUUAUGAUCGAGGAAAUAAGAAAUUUUUUGGAAAUAAUAAUUUUAAUUUUUGCUUUUUUAAAAAUAUGAUAAUAUUUUUUUGUAAGAUGUUAAAAAUUAAUAAAUGUUUUCCAUUAUUAAUUGAGAUCAAAUUAUUUAGUUAUUUUAAAUUACCUUAUGGAAUUCAAAAUAGUUUUGUUAGUAUAUUUACAUAUUUAUUUUUUUUGUCUUUAAAAUAUAAAGAGCUUCAAUCAUUUACUUAUGAAAUAGUUAAGACAUUAUUAUUCCUUGUUAAAAAAGUGAAUAUAAAUAAAUUAAAUACAUAUUUAUUUCAGAUAUUUUCAUAUUCAGAACAUAAAGAAAUGGAAAGAAGAGAGAUGGCCAAAAAUGUAAACACAGAUGUAGAUAAUAAUAUAUUUAAUUCAAAUGUUUUUUUAGAUAAUGAUUCUGAACAUGAUCAGAAUAAUAAUGAUACAUUUGGAAAUGCUCAAAAUAAUAAUAUGAAUUAUGUUAAUUUUUCAAAUUUUAAAAUUGAAAAAGAAUCUAUGGAUAUAAAAGAAAAUUUUAGAAUAGAUAUAUCAUUUUUAAAAAUAUUUUUUUUAAUUAAUGAUGUUAAAACAGUUAGAUUACAUAAAAAUAUUAAUGAUAAUGAAUCAGAACAAAAUAAAAAUGUGUAUGGGAAUAGUGAAAAACGGAAUAUUUCAAAAUAUAGUCAUAAAAAAAGUUACACUGAAGAAGAGGGUGAUAAAGAUUUAAGUAAACUAAACAAAGAUCAACUUAACACAAGCCAAGAAAAUAAAUAUGAAUACACCAGUUUUUAUAAUCCAAAUUUGAACUCUUAUGAAAAAACUGUAAAUUCAAAUCAUGAGAUCGAAGAAAUAAGCUUUGAAGAUAUUUUUAUUAUUACUUUGAUACAUUUAUGUGAAAUUGAUAAUAAUAAAAUAAAUUUUGUAACAGAUUUAUUAAGACUAUAUGAAGAAGAAAAAAAGAAAAAUAUAUUUCCAUGUACAGAAGGAAUAUUAAAAUUGUUUAAAAAAGUUAUUAACAAAAAAACUAGUAUAUCUUUUCAUUCAAAUAUUUAUAAAUAUUUUCAAACAAAAAUAGAGCAAAUAUUAGAUAGUAUUAAUAUACUAGUUAAAAAAUGGACAAAAUGGACUUUUGAAAAUUGUGAUAAUGCAUUUAAAAGAGAAAAAAAUAUAGAUAUAAAUAAAUUAGUAAAUUUAUUUUUUAUAUCAUUUUAUAAAUAUUUAAAAAAUUAUUUUUUAAUUAUAAAUGAUUUUUUAAGUAAUAUUAAAAUAUAUAAUAGUAACAACACUUUUAAUGAAUUCUUCUUUUUCAUUUUUUCAAAAUAUAUAAAUAAAGUAUUUAUAGAUAACUUUUCAUCUUCUUUUAUAUUCAAAAUAUCAAAGUUCACAAUUUUAAAUACAGCUUUAUAUAUAGUUAAUUAUAUGCUUAAAGUUUCUGAAAGUGUAAACAUACACACUAUUAAAGAGUUUUACACACGUUAUAAUAGUCAGAAUAAAUUUUAUUUACAAAAUGCAGGAGUAGAAAAAAGUCAUAUAAGAAAUAAUACCUCAUUAUUUUUAUCUUAUCCAGGUGAUGGAAAUGAUAAAAAUGGGAAUAUCCAACAUGAACAUACUUCCUAUGAUUUACAAUUAAGUAAAAAAAAUACAAUAACUUUCAACAAUUUUGUUAAUAAUAUAAUUAUAAAUCAUAAAAAUUUACUUAACAAACCAGAAUUAUAUUUACAUAAAAAAAUAAAUAUUUUUCAAUUAUUUAUGACAAAUGAAAAUGAAUAUUUCUCUACUAACACUGCAAUGAGUCAUGUUACUGAUAUGUUAUGCAUGCAAAAGGAGUCAGUAGCUAGUCAAUUUAAUUUUCCACAGUAUAGAGAUAAUUAUGAUAGUAUUGAAAAGUUUGAAAAAAGAUAUUCAAGUAAUAUUAAUUCGGAAUAUGAUAAUCGAUCGAAUAGUGCUGAAAAUUCAUUUCAAAGAUCACCUAUAAAUUUUAACAUGAACAGUAAUGAUUUUUUGGAAAAUGAAAAUAUGUCUAAUAAAUAUAAAAAUUAUGAUAGAACUCGUUUUGAAAGUAAUGGAUUUUUAGAAGAUAAUUCUUUAAAUAUGAUACCCCAAAAUACAAUAAAUUAUAAUAUAAUAUUUCUAAAUUUUUUUUCUCAUAUAAUAAAUAUAUUGGAAAUUAUUUUUCAAAAUAAUUAUGUUUUUUUUUUGAGUGAUUUUUUGCUUGUACAAUAUGAACAGUCAGAAAAAAAUAAUAAAAUAUUCAAAUAUCGCCUGAACAUUUCAGAUAAUUAUUACUCUAAUAUGAAUUUUUUUAUUAACAGUUAUAACAUUAAUUAUUAUAAAAAUAAGGACAUAGAUUUUGAAAAUCCAAAGUAUAAAAACUAUCAAAAAUUAAAUGAACAAAUAAUUAAUCGAGUAUUAUUAAUGUAUUCCCUUAUAUUGGAAGUGUGUUAUCGUUUUAAAUUUAUUAAAGAAAUAAAUAGCAUAUCAACAAAUAUAGCUAACCAAAUAUUUGCACUCUUUGAUACGUCACACCCAAUAAAUAACUUAUUUUCCAAAGUCUCUCUAAAUUCUCUUCCAAAGAAUGACAUGGUUAGUAAAUCCUUAAACAACGACAUUUUGAGUAUUGAAAAAAAACAUUCAAGUGAAAAACGAGAAAUUUUGAGCAUAUCCUUAUUUUAUUUUUUUAUGCAUAAUUACAAGAAUAUAUACACAUUAUACGAUAAUUUGAAUAAAUAUUUUCGUUCAAGCAAUUUUAGUAGUAUAUAUUUUAUGUGUAAAUAUAGCAAAGGGUAUUUUCCCUUACUAUCAAUUAUAAGCAUGUUCACAGGAAAAAUAAAAUUUUAUUACAAUAAAAUAAAACAAGUUCAAUGUAAAAAUAUGAAAAUUGAAUAUACAAAAAGGAUCUUGAAAAUAUUAAAAUAUUUAUAUUUUUUUAUAAGAGAUAACGAUUUAAUUGAUAUAACUAUUUAUGAGGAAUUAUUUGAUUUGCUAUUUUUUAUAAUAAUAGAAUAUUUUGAGAUAGGAAAUAAUAAAGAAGAUAUUUACAAAAGCUAUGAUAUAAAAUCGUGUGAAUAUAACAAGCUAAAAAUUUUUAAUUUAUCUCUACAUUUUAUGAACGGCAUAUAUUUAAACUUAUUUAAUGAGAAAAGUAAGAAUGAUGAUGCAAAUAAAAAUAGUAGUAUGUCUGAAAAGAAGCAAAGAUUGUGGAAAUAUAUAGAUCUACAUUUUAAUAAUUUUAUAAAUAAAUUAAAAAGAAAUAAUUAUAUAUUUAUUAAAUCGUAUGAACAUAUGCCAGUAUAUGGUAAAAAUGUAAAAAAAGAAUUAUAUAACUAUAUGUACAAUAUUAAUGUAAUUAGUGAAAUAUUUGAUCUAGUUAUUAAAGGGUUAUAUACAGAAGAAAUUAAUAUUUACAAAAUUAUAGUUCAAAUAUGUUAUAACAGAAAUAUAUGUAAUAUAUUUUUUAAUAUUAAUUAUGUAAACUUAAAUAAUUUAUUAAAUUCUUAUUACAAAUUGUACAACAAAAAAAUAGACACUGCUGAUAAUGUAAAGGAUAUUUUACGUAAUAAUAAAAAUGUUUUAAUUGAAAAACAUGGAUCUAUAACUGAUGAUGUGUUAAUUGAAAAUAUAUUUCAAGUCUUUAGUGAAAAAAAAUAUGAUUAUAAAUAUAUACUUAAUUUGUAUGAAAGUAAACCUGGAAAUAAUCAGAAUGAAGAAAAUUGCAUUUUUGAAAGAAAAAAUAAUUCUUUAUCAAUUAAAAAUGUGUUACAAAAUAAAAUGGAAUUAUUAGAAGAUGAUUAUAUAAGUAAAAGACUUUUUGAAAAAAAAUCAGAAAAAAAAUAUGGUGAAAAAAAUUUUGUUUUUGAUAUAAAAAAUUAUUGUUAUUGCCUGAACGUUCAGAAAAAUAAUUUACAAAAUAAUACUAAUAUUCUUAAUUUUCACACACAAAAUAAAAACUUAAUAAAUGGAAAUAUGCAUUGUAAUAAUGAAAUAAAUCAUGAUAUUAAUUUAAAAAAUAAAAUAUAUAAAAGUAUAUUAAAAAACAUUGAUGCAAUAUUUGAAAAUACUAACUUAAAAUCAGGUGAACUUAAUACUACUAAAAUAAAAUUUGUUAAGGAAAACAAUGGGGAUAAUAAAAUGAGCAAUUGGAAUGAAAUAAUAGAUAGAGUGCCAAAUAUUAAAGAUAAUAAAUUUGAAAAAACUCAACGAAAAAAAAAAGAUAAAAAAAAAACAACAUACUAUGAAUAUAGUGAUCAUAUUUCUAAAUCAUUUAUGUUUUCAAAAUAUUUUAAAAAUGAAAUAAAAUGCAUGAAAUAUAUUAAUAUAACACAAAGUGUUUAUGACAAUAAAAUACGGUUGUUACUAUUUUUGUACAAAUUCAUUAUUAUAUUAAAAUAUAAAAAAUUAUUUGAAAAUGAAAAUUAUAAGAAGGAAGAAGAGUCUUAUUUAAAAAAAUCGAAUACAAAACUAAAUGUGCCUUUUGUUUUUUUUAUAUAUGAAGUUAUGGCAACAUUUUUAGUGCCCUCUAUUCAGAUAAAUAAAAAUUCAUUUUAUUAUAUUUUGGUGUCAAAUAUUAUGGUAAAUUUAUUUUUUAUUAUAAAUAUGCAUUCAUAUGAGAAGAAGAAGAAAGACAAUCCUUUGUCAAAUGAAAAUGAAAACAAAAACCCUUUUUCUAACAAUAAAAAUGUUGAAAAUGCAAUCCAUUUUAAUAAUAAACAAAAUGAAAUAAAUAAUAUUGGCAAUAAUGACAACCUAUUUGAUGAUGAGUUUGAGAAUAAUUAUUACUGUGACAUAUUUUUACAUGAGCCAUAUUCUGCAAAUAUAAAAAAUAAUAACAACAACAUUUUUUAUGUCUUACAUAGUAUGGUUAAUUAUAUCUUUGAAAUGUAUCGAAAGCAAUUGAAGUGGCAAUCACAAAGUGAAACAGGUAGUGAUGCAGACAACAGCUCAGAUGAUAAUAAAAGUAGUAGAACACAAUAUAAGGAAAAAAAAAAAUCUGAGAGAAAUUUAAAUGAAAAUACAAAAAUGAUAUGUAAUAUGUCUUUAUUUUUUUCUUUAUUUAUAAGAUGUAUAGUUAUUCAUUUACAUUAUUUCAAAUUGCAUAGCAAAAAUUAUUAUUUUUUAAAAAAUUUAAAUGCACUAUAUGUCCCUAAUUGUAUAUUAAAGCAUAUAUAUCCAGCUCAGAAUUUUAACAUAAACUUGUUUAUAAACCUGUUAGAAGUAUUUUAUGUUUCUAUCCGAUUAUACAACAAUCAUUUUGUAAAAAUAAACAAAGGAAGACAGCUCGAUGGUGAUUUUAAAUUUGAUGAGGUAGAAGAAAAAAAUAAAGAAGCUAACAAAAAGAUGUCACACCAUAUAAAAAAUAAACAAUUAAGCAUAUAUAAUAAUGAAGAUAAUAUAGAUGAAAACUUAUUUAGUUUUAAUAUAUAUAUUAAAACAUUGAGAGAGAUAUUAACAGAAUGUUAUGAAUCACAUGACUUGUACAUGCAAAAUGAAGAAAAUAAUAAAAUGUCAUAUUUUAUGGAACAUAUAUUAUUAUAUUUUUUAUAUAAUAGAAUAAAUACUAUAUAUGAAUUAUUAUAUAGUUUUUAUUUUAAAUGUAUAAAAGUUGAAAAAACAAAAAUAAUUGAUAUGGUUAAUAAAAAAAUAUAUAAAAAUUUAGAAAAUAUAUUAUAUGAUCAUGUUAAUAAAAUAAAUACAUUUUUAUAUAAUAAUCAAUAUUACUACUUUUAUAUUAAUACACUAAUUUUGUUGACAUUAAAUAGGCAGAUAUGUUUACAUAUUAUUGAAACAGAUAUAUUGACAAAAUUUAUAUAUGUGCCAGUAAUUUAUCAUUCAAUGUUUGACAAUAACAAGAGCUUUAAUUCGAUCUAUUAUAUAUCAAAUGGUGUAUAUAUAAGAAAUAAAAAUCAUAUAACAUUUUGUUCUUUAAUUGUUUUGAUCAUAAAAAUGUUAUAUAUAUAUGCAAAUGAUUAUAAAAAUUUUGAGGAGAAUGCUGAGUUUUUUUUCUCUGAAAAUAAAUCAUAUCAUUUUUCAAACAAGUUAAAAAAAAAUCAGUGGAAUUCAGAAGGUAGUGAAAUUGAGGAUACACACACAAAAGAAGUACCAUCAAGAACACAACAUAAUAUACCUAACCAACCAAAUGACAUUAUUAAAAAAAAAAAUGAUAAACAUUUUGAAGGUGACAAGAAAAAUGAUGAAGACUUAGAUGAAGGACGUUAUACAAAUAAAGAAGUUGUUUUUUUCUUAAGUUCUAUAUUUAAUAUAAUUGGUAAAUUGUCAGAUAGAAUAAAUUUUAUUUUUACAAAAAUCGAGAAGAUAAAUUGUUUAGCAGCUUUAGAAGAAUCAUAUUUAUAUGUUGAAUUAUUAACAAAGAUUUCAUAUUAUUGUAGUUUGUAUAAUAUAAAUGAUUUUUUAAUAUCUCUUAUGGAUAAAGCAGUAGAUCAUCAUUUGUUUUAUAUAAAUAGAAUUUUGGAAAAAUUUAUUUUUGAAAAAGAAAUGAUUAUAGAGGCUUAUAGUCAAUAUGAAGUAUCUGCAUCAUCAAAUUCACAAGAUAGUAUAGAUCAAAAAAAAACAAAAAAAAAUGAACUAUCACUAUUUACCCAAAGAAUAUUAUAUAUUUGCUACAAAACUAUACUUAACUAUAAUACUAUAUUAUUAAAUAUAAUACAGAAUCAAUAUUUUACAUAUUCUUACUUUGUUAUUCAUUUUUAUAUAUUAAUACUAAAAUCUACUCGGCUAGUUACAACAAUUAUUGAACAUUUUGGAAAGAAAAACACGACCCUGAUUCGAACCGUCAAAACAAACAACGGAGUAUCGCAUGUGCCAAUCUGCCUUGAUAUAAUAAAUACGAUGAAAGAAAAAAAAAAAGAAAAAAUAUAUUACACAAGAGGAGCUGGAGGAAAGACACCGAGUUCUUCUCAAUACUUAAGUGAUAAUAAUUCCAAAAGUGAUGUAUCAAAUAAUUCAGGAGAGAUUAUACAAUAUAAUAAAUCAAUAGAUGAAUAUAUAAAUACAAAACGUAUAUAUAAAAAUGACAAUUUAUUUAAUUUUUUACCAGAAAUAAUACAAUUAAAAACUUAUUAUAAUAUAUUGAAAGAAAUAUUAGAGAGAAGUGCAUUUCUUGGUGCUUUCCUUUUAGACAAGCUAAAAAUAUUAUCCGAAGAUACAUGUUUAAAACAAAUUUUAAUUAGCAAUGUGUGCUCAUAUUUAAUUCACAUAAAUGCGACUCUAUUGCCUUCCAACAUAUGCACAAACAGUUUUAAAAAAAAGUGCACCCUCAUAUAUAACUACAUCAUGAACAUGCACAAGAAGUAG